CUUUCUUUUUUUUCUUUUUUUAAACUGCCCUACCUCGCGCACUAUGUCCGGCCGCGGCAAGACCGGCGGCAAGGCCCGUGCUAAGGCCAAGUCGCGCUCUUCGCGUGCCGGCCUGCAGUUCCCGGUGGGCCGCGUACACCGGCUGCUGCGGAAGGGCCAUUACGCCGAGCGGGUGGGCGCCGGCGCGCCGGUGUACCUGGCGGCCGUGCUCGAGUACCUGACCGCCGAGAUCCUGGAGCUGGCGGGCAACGCGGCCCGCGACAACAAGAAGACGCGGAUCAUCCCCCGCCACCUCCAGCUGGCCAUCCGCAACGACGAGGAGCUCAAUAAGCUGCUGGGCGGCGUGACGAUCGCCCAGGGAGGGGUUCUGCCCAACAUCCAGGCCGUGCUGCUGCCCAAGAAGACCAGCGCCACCGUGGGGCCGAAGGCUCCGGCGGGCAAGAAGGCUGCCCAGGCCUCCCAGGAGUACUGAGCGAGCCCGCGCGCCGGCCCGCCCCAUGCCAUCACAAAGGCCCUUUUAAGGGCCACCUUCGUCCUCACGAAAGGAGCUGAGCCGCCUCGGGCCCCGGGACGGGCGGACGCAGCGCCCGCCUCCCCGGCCCCGCUCCCCACGCGCGUCCCCGCCGCCGUCGGCCGCCCCUCCCCCCG